AAAUAAAGUUAUACGUAAGUAUUGUAGAGUAAUUGUAGAGGGAAGUCGAUUUGAUUGAAUGGUUAAAAAAUCAGACCACAAUGACAGAUAAUCAAAUGAAAAUAUUUAAUAAUAAGGAUUUUCGGCCAGAAAAGUAUAUUCAGAACCUGGUACAAGAAUGUGUUGGUGGCUCUGAACUGCAACAAAAGAAACAACAAAUUCAGGAAUAUAGCGAACAAACAUCCUCUUCUCUUAAGAAAUAUGUUUAUGCAAAUUAUAUGCAAUUUAUUGAGACUGCGAAUGAGAUUCAACAUCUUGAAUCUGAAAUGAAUCAACUUUCUCACAUUUUGUUAAUAGAACAACGGAAUUUAUUAUCAUGUUUAGGCGACGGUAAUAGUCAAAAUUUAAACAAAGAAGUGGAAGAGUAUGAUCAAGAAAGUAGCUCAGUUGACGAAAGUAGUCAGCAGGCCAUUCGAUCAGUUAAAGAAUUGGUUCAAGGUUUUAAUUCAAAAGUUCUGGAAGGUAAAACAUUUUUGAAUGAUGGAGCCCUGAUUGAAUUAGAUUCAAACGAUUACCGACCUAUUCAAAGAGUAUUUUUUUUCUUAUUUAACGAUACCUUGAUCGUAUGCAAAAUACGCCAUGAUAAGAAACUUGAAUUUAUAUCACAAUAUGAUCCUCGAAAAAUUGCUGUCAUUAAUAUUAAAGAUCUAGAUGGUGUAAAAAAUGCUAUCAAUACAAUAACAACAGAUGGUUCCAAAAUAUUUCAAUGUAUAUCUACAGCAGCAAAAAACGAAUGGAUAGAAAAAUUUGAAAUAGCUUUGAAAUUUAAUCAGCAAUUAAAUCAAAAAUCCAAAAAAGGACAAACUCCACCUCCAGCAUCUGUCCAAAAGCAAUCUAAUUCUCUUGAUAACAAGUCAAUAACAAGCGAUAUAACCGGUUCUCCCACAGAAGAAAACAAUUCAGUUACAGAAAAUUGGGCUCCAGAUUGGUUGGCUAUUGCACCUGAGGAAAUUCAAUCGUUUAUUGCCCAAAGACAUUUUGAAGAAGCAUUAAAUUUAAUUCAAAAGUCGGAGGAAUAUAUAGCUUAUGAUUCUACAUUUUGGAAUGCGUCAGAAAUUUCUGGAAAAAUUAAGAAUUUAAAAACCAGUUUAUCAAACGUUUUAAUUGAGGAAUUAUCAAAUUGUCAAGUACGAAGUUUACAAGCAGCACUAAGAUCUUCUCGCCGCCCACUUAAACUUUUAGCUGAAAUGGGAAAAGCUAGGCAAGCAUGUGGAAAACUAUUAAAAGUUUGUUCUAAUGCAAUUAGAAUGACACAGCGUGAGGCAAGGAGGAAUAAUGCUGAAAUAUCAGAGUUAUUUUUUUGCGAUUUGUCUCAGGUCGUUAGUGAAUUUUUAAGAGCUUUCAGCAAUCAACCAGCUUGUGUUAGUUCUUUAGUAGUCUGGUGCAAUACAGAGUUGAGAUAUUUUUCAAAUCAACUAAUAAAACAUUAUCUUACCAAAGGUAGUCAAUUGGAAAAUGUUGCAAAAUGCGUAGAAGGUGUAAGAAAACCAUGUGCAAAACUCACAGAAAUUGGUUUAGAUCUUGGAUACCAUGUUGAGGGUCUGUUAAGAAGUACUCUUGAACAGAUUAUCGAAGAUUCAAGAUAUAGAUUGCUUGAUACAAUUGGUAGAUCAGAAGAUACAUGGCAGCCCUAUAACUUGCAAACAAAAACAAACUUAAAAAAUUUAUUACGUGAAAUGGAAGGAUUUGGCAUAGAUUUAAGAAAUCAUGUCACUGGGGAUACCUGGAUAAACUUGACUCAGUGUACUGUCAAUUUCUGUCGUCAUUUUCUAAGUGUAAAUGAAAGUUGUGCUUUUUUGGCAAAAAACGAGGCUCUUAAAAUGAGCGUAGAAAUUCUUUUGAGAGAUUUAUUUUUGGCACAACAUGCGAUUACACCAAAUUCCGCUAUGACGGUUGAUUUAAACUUUGUGACAAAAAAUAAAAACUACUUACUUCAAGAACUAUUGCCUACGGCAAUUGAUAAGUACGAAAAAAUUUCAGGAAGAAGAAACGACUUUUUAUGUGAGCUUAGAGCGCAAUUUGGAGGUGGCCCGCCUAAACCAAAGCCGAGGAGUAUAUAUCAGACUGAUGUGAUAUAGGCUUUUUGAAAUUAUAAAUUUAUGUAAUUUAAAAUUAAAAUUGAAUCAAACUUAUAAAACUUAUAAUGCUUAGCAUUGUGAAUAUUUAGAAGCAUACACGAUUGGUAUUAUUAUAUAACCAUAGUAAUUAAAAUAAAGUUAUAAUAUAUUACACUAUCAUAUUUAUAUGCGUCAUAUAAUUAUUCAACCUCUGUGAAGUCCUUUUUUCUAUUAU